UGCGCGCAUGCGCACUUUCCUUUUCUCGAGCAGUUGUGGUUCGACGAGCAUCACUCGACUGAUCAACAUGCAGCUUUUUCUGCGCGCACAGAAUCUUCACACCGUUGAGGUGUCCGGACAUGAGACUGUCCAUGAGAUCAAGGCCCGUGUCCAGCUUCUGGAGGGAGUGUCUGUAGAAGAUCAGGUUCUUCUGCUGUCUGGUACCCCGCUGGAGAGCGAUGCCAGUCUGCUGGAUUGUGGCAUCACUGAACAUUGUACCCUUGAAGUAGCUGCCAGGCUUCUGGGAGGUAAAGUUCACGGUUCUCUGGCUCGUGCUGGUAAAGUAAGAGGACAGACACCCAAAGUGGACAAACAGGAGAAGAAGAAAAAGAAGACUGGCCGCGCCAAGCGUCGUAUCCAGUACAACCGGCGCUUCGUGAAUGUGGUGCCCACCUUCGGCAAGAAGAAGGGUCCCAACGCAAACUCCUAAAUGUUUCCUUUGAUUUGUUUGGAGAAAUUACAUUAAUAAUAAAGGUUCUUCUCGAACUCAAA